AUGGAAGCAGACUCCGAUACUCGGUCUGACGUAGACCUGUUAAUAUUGGACUACCUACUUUGCACCUCCAUGUACAGAUUGGUAAACACCAGCGGAGUGGCAGCUCAGGAGCAGGCAAACGAAUGCGACCUUGAUUGCCAUAUUUAUAUAGUACACGCCAUUAAAUCAGUUCUUCCAAACUCUGGGCGACUCCCAGAUGACAUUCAAGUCAAGGUCCGACUAUUUGAAUUUGCCAAUACCUUCCGAUGUUAUCCAGAUGGAUGUAUUACUUCUCAGGCUCGCGAAUCCCGAUUAAGUUUUAGUAGAUAUUGGCCAGAAGAAAACCCAAUUUCACUUUCUGAGUUGGCCGGGUCUUUCAUAUCUCUCUGCUACGCUGUUGGUGCCAGGUUAUCCGAAGCGACGUGGGCUGAUACUGCCGCGCAAUUCGUCAUGCAGGCUGCAGUCGAAGAAUACCAAAAGUCCCAGUCCUCAGAUUCUCUCAACAAGCAUAUCACCUGGGCCGAGAGUCAAAUGGCAAACAUGAAUCAAGCGUUUAUAGAGUGCAUGAGCUAUCUCCAGCCGCCGGAUGGGACCUCUCUCAAUGUUCACAUGCGUACGAUUUCCGCGAAUUUCCCCAUGGAUAAGUUCAAAUGUGCGGUUUUCGACACGUUGGUUAAGAUCAUGAAGGUUCUUGAGCCGCCUGUACUGAUCCAGCUCGAGCGCGGACAGCUCUGGGGGUUGAGCCGCGCAGAGACGAAGCGAUUGAAGGAUAGGGUAGGACUCAAAUAA